CCGCUCCCCCGCUACGCCUUGGGAACCGCAGCUGGUCCCGGCCUUGCGGCCUGCGGGGGGCGGGGGGGCAGGCUGCCCGGAGGAGGCGGCGGCAGUGGCGGUGGCGACGGCGCUUCCCCGACCCCCCAGGACCGCAGCUUCCUUCCUGCCAGCAGGUCUGUCCAUCUGUCGGUACAUCCGCGGGGGUCCACCAUGGCCACCUUCAGCCGCCAGGAAUUUUUCCAGCAGCUGCUACAGGGCUGUCUCCUGCCCACUGCCCAGCAGGGCCUGGACCAGAUCUGGCUGCUCCUGGUCAUCUGCCUCACCUGCCGUCUCCUCUGGAGGCUUGAUCCUUCAGCAAGGACAUCUUCAUCUACAACCACUCCCCCCACCACCAAAAUUUAAUCCGGCUGCAGCUAUAUACUCUAUUAGAGGAUUGCCAUCCUACCUGAAGCACGCAAGCACCGUGGCCGGCGGGUUCUUCAGUCUCUACCACUUCUUCCAAUUGCACAUGGUGUGGGUGGUGUUGCUUAGCCUGCUGUGUUACCUCGUGCUGUUCCUCUGCCGACAUUCCUCGCACCGUGGCGUCUUCCUGUCCGUCACCAUCCUCAUCUACCUGCUCAUGGGUGAAAUGCACAUGGUGGACACCGUGACCUGGCACAAGAUGCGAGGGGCCCAGAUGAUCGUGGCCAUGAAGGCGGUGUCUCUGGGCUUCGACCUGGACCGGGGCGAGGUGGGGGCAGUGCCCUCACCCGUGGAGUUCAUGGGGUACCUCUACUUCGUGGGCACCAUCGUCUUUGGGCCCUGGAUCUCCUUCCACAGCUACCUGCAGGCCGUCCAAGGCCGCCCACUGAGCUGCCGGUGGCUGCAGAAGGUGGCCCGGAGCCUGGCGCUGGCCCUGCUGUGCCUGGUGCUGUCCACCUGUGUGGGCCCCUACCUCUUCCCGUACUUCAUUCCCCUCGACGGCGAUCGCCUCUUUCGAAACAAGAAACGCAAGGCCAGGGGUACCAUGGUAAGGUGGCUGAGAGCCUAUGAGAGCGCCGUGUCCUUCCACUUCAGCAACUAUUUCGUGGGCUUUCUGUCCGAAGCCACGGCCACGCUGGCGGGGGCUGGCUUCACCGAAGACAAGGAUCACCUGGAAUGGGACCUGACAGUGUCCAAGCCGCUGAACGUGGAGCUGCCUCGCUCCAUGGUGGAAGUUGUCACCAGCUGGAAUUUGCCCAUGUCCUACUGGCUCAAUAACUAUGUUUUCAAGAAUGCUCUCCGCCUGGGGACCUUCUCAGCCGUCCUGGUCACCUAUGCAGCCAGUGCCCUCCUGCAUGGUUUCAGCUUCCACCUGGCUGCAGUGUUGCUGUCUCUGGCAUUUAUCACUUAUGUGGAGCAUGUCCUCCGGAAGCGCCUGGCUCGGAUCCUCAGUGCCUGCGUCUUGUCCAAACGGUGUAGGCCAGACUGUUCACACCGGCAUCGCUUGGGCCUGGGGGUUCGAGCCUUAAACCUGCUCUUCGGGGCACUAGCCAUCUUCCACCUGGCCUACCUGGGCUCCUUGUUUGAUGUGGAUGUGGACGACACCACGGAGGAGCAGGGCUACGGCAUGUCCUACACUGUCCACAAGUGGUCAGAGCUCAGCUGGGCCAGUCACUGGGUCACUUUCGGGUGCUGGAUCUUCUACCGUCUCAUCGGCUGAGGCCCCUCUGCGGAUCUGCACAGCUCCCUCAAGACCUUCCCUCAGGGCACCCGCUCUGGCGGGUGAGGGGGGGUGAGGGAAGGCCCUCGCUCUCGUUCUUGACCCCUCUCCGCCCUUGACCCCUCUAAUGCCCCCGCGCGCUCGCGCCCGCACACACGCACAUGCGCGCACACACAUGCACACACACUUUCCAUGCCUGUCAAUCCCCACCCCACCACAAAGCGGGAAGGGUGUGGUCCCUGCUGGAGACUAGGGUUGGGGGAUGCAUGGGGAAGCAGAGAGGGGGAGACCCAGGGCCUCCCCACCUUCCUCCUCCCUUUUUAUAUACAGUUUGUUAUUGUCAAAUAAAAAGUAGGAAAUAU